AUGUCCACGCUCGACCCGUCGUCCAAGGCCGUUCCUGUUCAGAUCACAGAGGACGAGGCUGCUGUGUACGAUAGGCAAAUUCGCCUAUGGGGCCUGGAGGCACAGCAAAGGAUGCGCAACGCCACCAUCCUCGUCGUCCGUCUGCGCGGCGUCGCAACGGAGGCCAUCAAGAACAUCGUCCUCGCGGGCAUCGGAAAGCUCGUCCUCGUCGACGGAGACCUCGUCGCGGAGGAGGACCUCGGCGCAGGCUUCUUCUUCCGCGACGACGAUGUGGGUAAAAACCGUCGCCACUGCGCAGCACACGCCGGCGUGCACACGCCGUUUAUUAACGUGCGUCCGGAAUAUGCCCCGUGUCGUGCGCCUUCUCGCCUUCGCGCGUACCUCCCGCGAUGGCUGCGGUUCCCCCUCUCAGGCUGGCGCGAGGCUUCCACUGUAUCUGAUCAGUCAGAGUGCGCACAUGAUACGAAGCAUCCUGGCACAUAUUACACAGAUGGCGAUGGCUCGAUGCUGAAAGCGACCGCGGCAAAGGGUCGAAUCGAGAGCCUGAACCCGCUCGUGACUGUUGAGGCCUCAGCGACCGCCGUUCUCGACGAGCCCGCGCUUGCUGUCCUUGUACAGGGCGUCGAUAUGGUCUGUGUGACCGACAUGGAUCGUGAGACUUUGAUCCUUGUGAAUGACGUGUGUCGACGGGCGAACAAGCCUUUCUAUGCCGGGGGAACAUACGGGCUGCUCGGGUAUAUCUUCUGCGAUCUGCUCGCACAUGACUACAUCGCACCGGACCGCGCAGCACCCAAGGACGUCGCAAAAAAUAUUAAGAACACGACUAGAUACUGUCCGUUGAAGACCGCACUGGAGCACCGAUGGUCGGCGCUCUCUCGGAGGCAGACGAAAGAGCUCAAUCCAGCUGCCAUCUUCGCCGUCCUCGCAAUAUGGGAGUAUCAAUCCCAGCACGGCGGGGCACUGCCGGACGACUCGGGUGCAGCUGUGGCGCUCGAGCAGGCCGCAAACACCCUGCUCACGGCCGCAUGUGUGAACAGGCAGGCGAUUGCGAACGCCCCAAAAGAAUUGAUUGAAUCGAUGGCGGUCACAGCGGCGCAUGAGCUCGCGCCAGUGUGCGCGGUGGUAGGCGGGAUGCUCGCGCAGGAUGUGCUCAAGGCAUUGGCCGCGCGCGAGCCGCCCAUCGCCAAUUUCUUCGUCUUUGACGGAAACACGGGCGGGGGCACGGUGGCGCGGAUGAAUGUCGCGUAG